AUGCCUACCACUCGUCCCAUUGUCCGCGCGGCAUGCCAUAACAUCUCAAGCAUCCGGCAUGCUUCCACGAACACUGCCAAAAAGGCAGGUCCCCUGGCUGGCAUCACCGUCGUCAGUCUGGAACAAGCCAUAGCCGCACCCUUCUGUACCCGUCAAUUAGCCGACCUAGGAGCCCGAGUCAUCAAAGUCGAACGACCCGGUGUCGGGGACUUCGCCCGCAACUACGACACCCGCGUUAAUGGAUUAGCCUCCCACUUCGUCUGGACCAACCGGUCCAAAGAGAGUCUCGCCUUGGACCUCAAAAAGCCGUCCGAUCACAGCGUGCUAAUGCGCCUGCUCGGCCGCGCUGAUGUCCUUGUCCAGAACCUCGCCCCGGGCGCCAGUGCCCGGCUGGGAUUAUCCUACGCGGAUCUCAAAGCCGCUCAUCCUUCCUUGAUCGUGUGCAAUAUCUCCGGGUAUGGUCCUGACGGACCAUAUCGCGAUAAGAAGGCUUAUGAUCUGCUGAUUCAGAGCGAGGCCGGCAUGCUUUCCGUCACGGGGACUGGGAAAGAGCCGGCUAAGGUGGGCAUUUCCAUCGCUGAUAUUUCCGCCGGUAGCUAUGCCUACUCGAAUAUCCUGGCGGCGUUGUAUCAGCGAGAGAGGGAUCCCGCGAAGAGAGGUUGUAAUAUUGAUAUCUCGAUGUUGGAGAGUAUGGUCGAGUGGAUGGGAUUCCCCAUGUACUACACCUAUGAGAAUGCCCCGGGUCCGACACCUGCUGGUGCUUCGCAUGCGGCUAUUUAUCCGUAUGGGCCGUUUGAGACGGGUGAUGGGACGGUGAUGUUAGGGAUUCAGAAUGAGCGCGAGUGGGCCAAGUUCUGUGACAUUGUAUUGGGUCAAGCUGAUUUGGCUACGGAUGAGCGGUUUGUGAAUAACUCGCUGCGGUCGCAGAACAGAGAUGAGCUGAAGAAGAUCAUCUGCGAUGUCUUCUCGUCGCUUUCUGCGGAGCAGGUCAUUGCUCGCCUGGAUGAAGCGGCGAUUGCGAAUGCCAGCGUCAAUGACAUGCAAGGCGUCUGGAACCAUCCUCAGCUCAAAGCCCGGCAGCGAUGGACUAAAGUUGAGACUCCGGCGGGGACUGUGCCAGCUCUGUUACCUCCUGGAAUGACCAUGGGUGAUGCGGAUACUUAUGGGGCGCGCAUGGAUGCGGUCCCUGAAGUGGGUGAGCAUAACAAGGCGAUUCUGGCUGAGUUGGGGCUCGACGAGGGUACGGAGAAAUAG